AUGGCGAUGAAACACUUAAUGGCCGUGGUGGGCCUGAGCGUAUGCUCCGUUGUGCUGACGGCCAAAGCGCAAUCUACCGCUGCAACAGCAUGCGCAAGCCCCAUUGCCCCACAGAAUGGUGCUCCUUCGGUGGCGCCGGGUUUCCGUGUCGAGGUCGUGGCUAAUGGGCUGAGGGAUCCACGCGGCAUUAUUUUCGAUCGGGAAGGUGGGCUGCUGGUUGUAGAACAAGAGCAUGGGGUUAGCAGGCUGAGGCUGACGGGUGAUGGAGCUUGCAUUAGAGUUGAUGGUGAUGUGCAGAGUGUGGUUGAAGAUGAUUCUUUGAAUCAUGGGAUCGCAUUCGCGCAGGACGGUAAUACGCUUUAUGCAUCCUCUCACAGCAAUGUCUACGCUUGGGACUACGAUGCGUCACAGGGUCAGACUACAUCUGAAUCCCGUGAUGUUGUCGAGGGCAUGGGAGACGAUGAGGGUCAUACUACACGUACCCUACUUAUGUCCCAGGCCGUUCCUGACAUGCUACUCGUCUCCCGUGGUAGCGUAGGUAACAUCGAUCUCCAGACUCUGGAUGUGACUACAGGAGUCUCAACCAUUAAAGCCUUCAAUGUGGGCAACAUGACCGGCUCAGCAUACGAUCAUGCGUCAAGCGGACUGUUGCUGGGUUGGGGUCUUAGAAACUCGGUGGGAGUAGCUGAGGAACCUGUCUCAGGUGGUAUCUACUCUGUCGAGAACAGUGUCGACAACAUCCCGCGAAGUGGACAAACUAUUAAUCAGAACAACCCAGGUGAGGAGCUCAACUUUCACGGUUACCUCAAUGGAACCGGAAGCGAUGUACAGGGUGGCAACUACGGCUAUCCUUCAUGCUUCACAGCAUGGAAUGUGUCCGAGAUCCCAGACUUUGGCGGAAUGACAGGCCAGCAGUUUGCCAUUGGAGAUCAGAACGCAACUGUGAACGACACAUUCUGCGAGAAUGAUCGUAUUGCUCCUAGGAUCACGUUCGACGCUCACAUGGCUCCCCUUGAUAUCAAGUUCAACCCCAAUGGCACUGCCGCAUGGAUAACUAUGCAUGGUUCAUGGAACCGUGAAGAGCCUAUCGGCUACAAACUCAGCUUCGUCCAGUUUGACGGUAACGGCUCGCCAGUCGCACCUGCCAACAGCACCACAGCUGCCAUUGAUAUUGUCUCCAACUCCGACCUCUCGGCCUGCCCUGGCUCUUGUUUCCGACCCGUUGGUCUUGCGUGGGAUACCCAGGGUCGCUUAUUCAUGAGUUCGGAUUCUACUGGCGAGAUCUUCGUCAUUACGAGAGAAGAUGGCAGUGGUGUUGCGGAUGUGAGCGAGGCGGAGGAUGCUGGAGACGGUGCGAGCGCGAGCCCAACAGGAUCUGGAAGUCCGCCUCAGCCGAGCGAGACUACUGGUGCUGCGGUGAGAUGGGGCGUUGGGAGUGGAAGCUAUUGGACUGUUGGUGCAGCUGUAGUUGCCGCGCUGGUCUGA